CGCUUCCACCCAUCCCAGUGGCCUCAAACGCGGGCCGAAUUCUGCUUCUGUUUUCCCAGGACCUAGGCGACCCCAGCAGGUUCUAAGCUUCUCUCGAAGGCGCAUUCUAGUUGGGCUGCAGCCAUGGAGAAACACCAUGGGCCUGUGUCUGUCCACCCAGACAUCCUGUCCUUGGAGAACCGGUGCCUCGCCAUGCUUCCUAACUUGCAGCCCAUGGAGAGACCUCGUGGAUAUAUGCCAGCUCACUCAGACAUCCUCUGCUUGGAGAACCGGUGUCUGGCCAGAAUUUCUGACUUGAAGUCCACGGGAAAACUACAUGGGCAUGGGGCUGCCCACCCUAGCAUCCUGUCUGUGGAAAAUGGGUGCCUUAGUUCCAUCCCCAGUGUAAAGAGCAGCAUGUCUGCCAGUCCCUUGCUCCAGUGUCUCCAGCCUCCUUGCAUGAUGCAUGCUAAUGUGAGCAGCCUGAACACCAGCAAAUGCCUGCUCUCUGAGCCUCCAAGCAGCAGGAGGGCUCAGUGUGUGUCUGCAACAGAGACAGUUCAGGGUGCUCUAUGCUAUUCAAAAGAAGAGAAAAAGUCAGAAGCAAUGGAAGGGGACGGGGACCAGAUGCCUAUUUAUAGCCUAAGCUUGGGAGAAGAGGAGGAGGUGGAGGAGGAAUUGGCCCUGCAGCUUGCCUCUGGCCACUCUGAAUCUCAUCCUGAGACCAGUGACUGGGACCUUCAGGAAAAGAAGAUGUGUCUGAUGACUAUCCUGUGCUCCAUUGUGGCCUCAAAUGUAAACAUGAACAAUGCUCGUGACCUCAGCCGUUCCAUCCAUUGUAUCUGUUCCGAACUUUCCUCCUUGGAGCCUGAGUUCAUCCUCAAGGCAUCUUUGUACGCCAGGCAGCAGCUGAACCUGCGGGAUGUGGCCAACAAGGUCUUGGCGAUUGCUGCCUUGUUGCCCGCCUGCCGCCCCCACCUGCGACGCUAUUUCUGUGCCAUCGUCCACUUGCCUUCCGACUGGAUCCAGGUUGCGGAGUUCUACCAGGACCUGGCUAAAGGGGAUGAGAAUAAGCUGGUGCCACUGCCUGCCUGCCUCCGGGCUGCCAUGACUGACAAAUUCGCCCAGUUUGAUGAGUACCAACUGGCUAAGUACAAUCUUCGGCAGCACCGUGCCAAGAGACGCCCCCGCCGGCCACCCCGCCCUCCCAAGACAGAACCUCCGUUUUCUGGGCGACUACAUGUUCUAGGAUUCCUUUGGUCUCUUACAGAUGUACAGACGAAGUUCGAGGUGGCCUACGAUGCAGAGAAAAAGAAUCCAUCAUGGUUCACCCUGAAGAAGUUGGUACAGCGGCUGCAUAUCCAUAAGCCUGCCCAGCAUGUCCAAGCCCUGCUGGGCUACAGGUACCCCUCCAGCCUACAGCUCUUUUCUCAGAGUCGCCUCCCUGGGCCAUGGGAUUCUAGCAGAGCUGGGAAACGCAUGAAGCUCCCAAGACCAGAGACCUGGGACCGGAAGCUGAGCCUUCAGGGAAACAAAGCUUCCGUCUGGGAGGAGCUCAUUGACAGUGGGAAGCUUCCCUUCAUGGCCAUGCUUCGGAACCUGUGCAACCUGCUGCGGGUGGGAAUCAGCGCUCGCCACCACGAACUCAUCCUGCAGCGGCUGCAGGACACGAAGUCAGUGAUCCACAGUCGGCAGUUUCCGUUCAGAUUCCUUAAUGCCCAUGAUGCCAUCGAUAACCUCGAGGCUCAACUCAGAAAUAAAGCGUUGCCCUUUCCUUCCAAUACACAACUGAUGAGACGGAUCAUGACUAGAAACGCAAAGUCUAUCAGGAAAUAUCCAAGGUACCUGUGCAACCUACGUCGAUCGCAGCUUCGGACAGCAAUGAUGGUACCUGUGCUGUAUGAGCAGCUCAAGAGGGAAAAGCUAAAAAUUCGCAAGGCCAGACAGUGGAAAUGUGACACUGAGAUGCUUGGCCGGUAUCGACAGGCCCUGGAGGUAGCUGUGAACCUCUCUGUGAGGCACAGCCUGCCCCCGCUGCCAGGCCGCACCCUUUUGGUCUAUAUGACGGAUUCUCGAGCAGACCUGCUGUGUCCCAAGAGCAACACACAAGGGCCCCCCCUGAACUAUGUGCUGCUACUGAUUGGAAUGAUGAUGGCGCGGGCAGAGCAGGCAGAGGUCUUGCUGUGUGGAAGAGGCACUGUGAAGACUGCCGUGCUUGUGGCGGAGGACGCUAUCCUGAAGACGGCCAUCACACUCCAGGCUCAAGUCCAGGAGAUGGAGGAAGUGGAUGAGUGUCCUCUGACUACUUUUGAGAAGUACCUGCUGUCUCUGGCUGUCCAAAGGGUCCCUGUGGACAGGGUCGUCCUCUUUGGUGAAAUGCUUCGUAGCCCGAUUGUAACUGUAGCCAAACAUAUUAUCUGGAAGCAUGUGAAUCCCAAGUGUCUCUUUGUUGAUGUCCGCGUAAGGAAACCAUACCCAUAUUCCGAGUUCCAUCCCAAUCACGUGACACUCUCAGGCUGUACGGACGGGAUACUGAAGUUCAUUGCAGAGAGUGGGGCCUCCCGUCUCCUAGAACAUGUGGACCAGAUGGACAGAAUAUUCAGGAUACCACCCGCCCCGGGAAAGACACAGGUCCUGACUCUCCGGCCACUGGAAGUGGAUGCUCCCAGCCCCUUGGCUCCUGUGUUCCAGCAUGGCUGGCGCAGCAUCCGGCUGUUCAUUUCUUCCACUUUCCGGGACAUGCAUGGGGAGCGGGACCUGCUGUUGAGGUCCAUGUUGCCAGCACUGCAGGCUCGUGCCGCCCCCCACCGCAUCAGCCUUCACGCUAUCGAUCUACGCUGGGGUGUCACUGAGGAGGAGACCCGCAGGAACAGACAACUGGAAGUGUGCCUUGGAGAGGUGGAGAACUCACAGCUGUUCUUGGGCAUUCUGGGAUCCCGCUAUGGCUACGUUCCCCCCAGCUACGACCUUCCUGACCAUCCCCACUUCCACUGGGUCCAGCAGUACCCGCCAGGGCGCUCUGUGACAGAGCUGGAGGUGAUGCAGUUCCUGAAUCGGGAUCGAUGCACACAGCCCUCCGCCCAGGCUCUCAUCUACCUCCGGGAUUCCAGUUUCCUCAGCUCUGUGCCAGAUAUGUGGAGACCUGACUUUGUUUCUGAGUCUGAAGAGGCUGCACAGCGGAUCUCAGAACUGAAGAGUUACCUCAGCACACGGAAGGAGAUCACCUGUCGAGGAUACUCCUGUGAGUGGGGCGGCACGGCAGCUGGCCGGCCCUAUGCCGGGGGUCUCGAGGAGUUUGGGCAGUUGGUUCUCCAGGAUGUGUGGAGUGUGAUCCAGAAGCUCUACCUACAGCCUGGGGCCGAGCUGGAGCAGCCAGUCUCCAUCCCGGAUGAUGACUUGGUCCAGGCCACCUUUCAGGAGCUGCGGAGCCCAGCGAGGCCUGCCCGGCUGCGGCUGCUUCAGGACACAGUGAGGCAGCUGGUGCUGCCCCAUGGGAAGCUGAGCCUAGUGACUGGGCAGUCAGGACAGGGCAAGACCACCUUCCUGGCAUCCCUUGUGUCAGCUCUACGGGCUCCUGUUGGGGCCAAGGUAGCACCCUUAGUCUUCUUCCACUUCUCAGGGGCCCGCCCUGACCAGAGUCUUGCCCUCAGCCUGCUCAGGCGCCUGUGUAGCUACCUGCAUAGCAAAUUGCACAAAGUGGGCGCCCUCCCCAGGACUCACCGAGGCCUGGUGUGGGAGCUUCAGCAGAAACUCCUGCCUGAGUCUGCUCAGACCCUGCAGCCUGGCCAGACCCUGGUCCUGAUCAUCGAUGGAGCUGACAAGUUGGUGGACCAGAAUGGUCAGCUGAUCUCAGAUUGGAUCCCACAAUCCCUUCCCCGGUGGGUACACCUGGUGCUGAGUGUGUCUAGUGACUCCGGCCUUGGGGAGACCCUUGAGCAGAGCCAAGGUGCUUACGUGGUAGCCCUGGGGCCUCUGGCACCCUCUGCCCGGGCCCAGCUGGUGAGAGACGAGUUGGCGCUCUACGGGAAGAGGCUGGAUGAGUCUCCUUUCAACAACCAGAUGCAGCUGCUGCUAGUGAAGCGGGGCUCAGGCCUGCCCCUCUACCUGCGCCUGGUCACGGAUCACCUGAGGCUCUUCACGCUCUAUGAGCAGGUGUCUGAGAGGCUUCGCACCCUGCCCGCCACUGUCCCCCUGCUGCUGGAUCUGAUCCUGAGCACCCUGGAGCAGGAGCACGGCCAUGAUGUCCUUCCCCAGACCUUGGCCACCCUGGAAGUCACACGCAGUGGUCUGACUGAGGACCAGCUGCAUGCAGUGCUGAGUGCGUGGCAGAUUCUACCCAAGGGCACUAAGAGCUGGGAAGAAGCCGUAGCUGCUGGGAACAGUGCAGAGCCCUACCCCAUGGGCCUGUUUGCCUACCUCGUGCAGAGCCUGUGCAGUUUGCUAGGGGAGGGCCCUCUGGAGCGCCCUGGUGCCCGACUCUGCCUCCGGGAUGGGGCCCUGAAGACAGCAGUCAAACGUCGCUAUGGGAAAAGGCGAGGGCUACAGCAUAUGGCACAUGUCCUUAUUGCAGCUCAGCUCUGGAAGACGUGCAACCCUGAUGCUUCAGGCUCCUUCCAAAGUUGUCUUCCGGAGGCUCUGGGAGACCUGCCUUUCCACCUGCUCCACAGCGGGAACCACGCCCUUCUUGCCAAGUUCCUCAGCAGUCUCCCCGUGGUGGCCGCGCACCUGGACUUGGGUCUGGUUCCCCAGCUCUUGGAGGCACACACCCUCUAUGCUUCUUCAGUCCCUGAGGAAGACCAAAAGCUCCCUGAGGCUGAUGUUGCAGCUUUCUGCACCUUCCUGAGGCAGCAGGCCCCAGUCCUGAGCCGCUACCCCCUGCUUCUGCGCCAGCAGGCAGCCAACCAGCCUGCAGACUCGCCUCUCUGCUUUCAGGCCCCCCUGCUCUCCCAGCAAUGGCACCGCUGGCCUAUACUACGAUGGCUUAAUAAACCCCAGACCGUGGAGGGUCAGCAGAGCUCCAGCCUGUCUCUGGUGAUUUCCUCAACCCCCACUGCUGUAGCCAUCUCUUUUAAUGGGCAAAGAGCAGCUGUGGGCACUGCCAGUGGGAUGGUUUACCUUUUGGACCUGAGGACCUGGCAGGAGGAGAAGUCUGUAGUGAGUGGCUGUGACGGAAUCUCCUCCUGUGCUUUCCUCUCGGACAGUGCCCUGUUCCUCACCGCCUUUGAUGGACUCCUGGAACUCUGGGACAUGCAGCGAGGUUGUCGUGUGCUCCAGACCAAGGCUCACCAGUACCAAAUCACGGGCUGCUGCCUGAGCCCAGACCAGCGGCUGCUGGCCACCGUGUGCCUGGGCGGGUGCCUAAAGCUGUGGGACACAGUCCGUGGGCAGCUCUCCUUCCAGCACACUAGUGCCAAGCCCCUCAACUGCACCGCCUUCCACCCAGAGGGGCAGGCCAUAGCCAUUGGCAGCUGGGCUGGCAGUGUCAGCUUUUUCCAGGUGGACGGACUCAAAGCCACCCAGGAUCUGGGGGCUCCAGGAGCCUCUGUGCGAACUCUGGCCUUCAGUGCAACUGGGCAGCUUGUGGCUGUAGGCCGGCUGGACAGGACGGUGGAGCUGUGGGCCUGGCAAGAGGGGUCGAGGCUGGCUGGCUUCCCUGCCCACUGUGGCUUUGUUUCUGCUGUGCUUUUCCUGCAUGCCCAAAGCCAGUUACUGACGGCUGGAGAGGACGGCAAGGUUCAAGUGUGGUCAAGCUCCCUGGGGCGGCCCUGGGGAUGCCUGGGCUCCCUUCGUCUCUCUCCUGCCCUCUCAGUGGCUCUCAGCCCAGACAGAGACUGGGUGGCUGUUGGCUACCGAAAAGAUGGCAUUAAGAUCUACAAAAUCCCUGCAGGUUCCCAGCAGGUGCUGUGUCAAAUGGUAGACGUGGCAGUGUCUGCACUGGCCUGGCUAAGCCCCAAGGUGUUGGUGAGUGGUGCCGAAGAUGGGACCCUGCAGGGCUGGGUGCUCAAGAAUCGCGUCCUUCAUUCCCUCUGGCUCCUGCCCAGAUACCAGAGGCCGGUACUGGGACUGGCCAUCUCCCAGGAACUCCUGGCUUCUGCCUCAGAGGAUUUCACAGUACGGCUCUGGCCAAAGCAGUUGCUGACACAGUGGCACAAGACAGAAGACUUUCCCUGUGGUACUGAGCUCCGGGGACACGAGGGCCCUGUAAGCUGCUGUAGCUUCAGCAUGGAUGGAGGCAGCCUGGCCACUGGGGGCAGGGACCGGAGUCUCCUCUGCUGGGACGUGAGGACACCACAAAGCCCUCUUCUGAUUCGCUCCUUCCCUGCCUGUCACCGUGACUGGGUCACUGGCUGUGCCUGGACCAAGGAUAAUCUUUUGAUCUCCUGCUCCAGUGAUGGCUCUGUGGGGCUGUGGGACCCGGAGUCGGGGCAGCAGCUUGGUCAUUUCCUGGGUCAUCAGAGUGCCGUGAGCGCCGUGGUGGCUGUGGAAGAACAUGUGGUGUCUGUGGGCCGUGACGGGACCCUGAAAGUGUGGGACCAUGGAGGUGUGGAGCUGACCAGCAUCCCUGCCCACUCAGGACCCAUCAGCCACUGUGCUGCUGCCCUGGAUCCCCACCCAGCUGGACAGCCUGGAUCAGAGCUUCUGGUGGUGACUGUUGGACUGGAUGGGGCCACACGGCUGUGGCAUCCACUCUCGGUGUACCAUACACACACCCUCCUGGGACACAGUGGUUCCAUCAGUGCAGCUGCUGUUUCUGAGAGCUCAGGCCUCCUGCUGACUGCCUCAGAGGAUGGUUCAGUGCGGCUCUGGCAGGUACCUAAGCAAGCAGAGGGCACAAACGUACCUAGAAGUUCUGCAGCCAUCACUGCUAUAGCCUGGGCGACGGACGGUUCUCUGGCUGUGUCUGGAAAUCAAGCUGGGGAAUUAACCCUGUGGCAGCAGGCGAAGGCUGUGGCCACAGCACAGGCUCCAGGCCGUGUCAGCGCUGUGAUCUGGUUGUCAGCAUAUACCUUCUAUGUUCUCAGUGCUGAUGAAAAAAUCAGCAGGUGGGACGUGGAAUUCGAGAGCGAUUUGACCUCCACAACUUUCAGUCUUUGCCUGAGCCAAGUUCUACAAGAGGACUUAGGGGUCCUGACAAGUAUGGACCUGGCCCCUGAUGGUCAUUCUCUCAUCUUGGUCAAAGCGAAUAUGGAAAUACUACAUCUGCAGCCUGGGAAUGCUCCGUCUAUAAUCGGGAACAGGGUUGGAAUUCAUCCUAUACUACUGUCUACCCACAAGGAGUAUGGUGUGUUCCACCUGAGCACAAGAUACUACCAUGUAUCUCUUUACUUCUCAUCAUUUUUAUGUGCCAGCUCUGAUGGAGAGCUGUGGAGGCUGGCUGGAUGCACCCGCAAAGGAGAAUGGGCCACAGGAAACACCCGGCAGAAAAAAGUAGCAGCACCUGAAGUCCAGGCUUCAGGGACAGACCCAUACUGUGCCAGCAUGGAUAAGUGGCCACAGGUCCCAGAUUUAAAGACGCAGCUGCAUAGAAAGAUUCACUCGGACUCUGUCACAGCCCUCCAUGUGCUGCCUGAGUUGCUGGUGACAGCUUCGAAGGACAGAGAUGUUAAGCUGUGGGACAGACCCAGUAUGCAACUGCUGGGCCUGUUCCGAUGUGAAGGGGCAGUGAGCUGCCUGGAACCAUGUCUGAGACCUGACUCGACCCUGCAGCUUGCUGUGGGAGACACACAGGGCAAUGUAUACUUUUUGUCCUGGGAAUGAGAGUGCACUACUCAGGGGCGAGUUGAUACCACUUAAGCUAGAGAUGCAAAGCCUGAAAGUAUGUGGCUACCUCCUUCCUCACAUUGUACAAAUAAAGUGCCAGAGUGUCU